CCUAUAACUUCACCAUCAGCUACCGACCCGAAACUCCAAAGAUCACGGUGUCUUCGACAUAACACGCGUGACAGAGAGAGAACUGCUGACCAGCUCCCAUUCCAUAUCCAGUUCUUCUUCAUCAUUCCCGCGAAAGGUCAUUAAUUCCGGGGCUGAUAUCUGCUAAUGGACUCCAGCGUGAGCUCUUUUUGGCUGAUUUUAUUCGGACUUCUCCUGCUGAGUUCAAACGCUUUAUCCCAAGAUAAUGUCUGUGAUGACCCUCAUGCCGUACAGGGAUCAGGAAAAGAUAAGUUAAUACGAUGGUCCUAUGACAAGACCCAGGAUAUCUGCAGUACCUUCCUGCAAACCGAAUCUGGGAGAAGUCAGAACAGUUUUGUUUCAGAGGAGGAAUGUCUAAGGCGAUGCUCCGAGCGGUAUAGCGUGCUGUAUCCUGACGGGGAAGCAGUGUGUAACCUACCCAUGGAGUCGGGCCCCUGCUUGGCGAUCAUAUUAAUGUGGUAUUAUGACCAGAAACAAGAUGUAUGUGAUUCCUUCCUUUAUGGUGGCUGCCAAGGCAACGGGAACAGAUUUCACACAAAGAGCAACUGCAGCCGCACCUGUGUCAGCGCAAAGAAAGGACGGUUUGGAGGUGCUGAAAGUGAAGAACCCCCUCCAUCAGAAACAGAUUCUGGUCUGAUUGUGGGAAUUGUAUGCGGCUGUGUGUUUGGUGUUGCGUUUUUGGUCACACUUGGGCUGUACCUGGUCCAGAGGAAGAAUCUGAAGAAGCAACACAAGCUCGUUCCAGCCGUGGAGAUGAAAUAAAUUGAAAAGAGGCCACAAAUUCCACCCAGGAGAUUUAAUACAAAUUAUGCCACAAAUGAGUUUUGCCUAAUUUAAAAAAAAAAAUUGGUUUAUUCAUAAACUAACCAAAUCGUCAGAAUCAAAAACCUCUUAAUCCACAACGUGAAUGAAUCAGUUUGCCGUUAAAUUGUUCCCUUUGAUUGAGGACUAAAAGGAUUUCGAUUCAGACGAUUUGGUUUGUUUAUGAAUGAAGGGAAAUUGAGCAUGUCUCAGACAUACUUUGUAUCACACACAGUCAUCACGACCCACACA